AUGCAACUCUCACCUUUCACCUGCUUCCUGGUUGUUUUCCAGGUGCAGCAUCGCAUCACGGGACAGGUGAUGGCACUGGAAAUGAACACGCUGGCCAGCAACAAAGCUAACAUGCUACGAGAAGUGCAGCUCAUGAACAGACUUUGCCACCCCAAUAUACUCAGGUUUCUUGGGGUUUGUGUGCACGAGGGUCAACUCCACGCUCUGACUGAGAUGAGUGCAGAGAGGCGUCCCUCCUUCUCUGACAUUGUCUUCACACUGGAGAGCAUGGAGAGAGGAGAAGAGGAAGAGAAGCCCAUUGCACUUGGACAAAAUCAUGAGGUGCUGAGGAUAGUGAUGAUGGGGAAGACUGGAGUUGGAAAGAGUGCCUCUGGAAACACCAUCCUGGGAAGACGAUACUUUGAAUCAAAGUUCAGUGCUAAGUCUAUGACUGUAGACUGUUCUAAGGGCAGCAGUGAGGUUGAUGGACAACAGGUUGCUGUUAUUGACACUCCGGGCCUGUUUGAUACCAGGUUUGGCAUGGAUAGAACAACUAAAGAUGUGACCCAGUGCAUCUCUUAUGCUGCUCCUGGACCCCAUGUCUUCCUGGUGGUCAUCAGACUGGGAAGAUACACAGAGGAGGAAAUGAAGACAGUGCAGAAGAUUCAAGAAAUCUUUGGUCAGGCUGCAGACAAAUACAGCAUGGUGCUCUUUACUGGUGGUGAUCUUCUUGAAGGUACCACUAUUGAGGAGUUCUUGGAUGAAAGUUCAGACCUGCAGGAACUUGUAUCCAGAUGUAACGGCCAGUAUCAUGUCUUCAAUAAUAAGCUGAAGGAUCGUACUCAGGUCACUGAGCUGCUCCAGAAGAUCAUAAAUAUAAUCCAGAAGAACGGAGGAAGCCACUACACCAAUCAGAUGUUCCAAGAGGCUGAGAGGGCAGUCGAAGAGGAGAAACAACGUAUCCUCAAAGAGAAAGAAAAACAAAGACGCAGAGAACAAAAAGAACAGGAGAGAAAAUUACAGGAAAAAUAUGAAAAACAGAUGGAGAGAAGGUAUGCCCGACUCCAGGCUGAGAGAGAGAGGGAGAUGAGAGAGAGAGAGGAGGAAAGAAUGAGGGAAAGGUGGGAGAGGGAGAGGGAGAGGGAUAGAGAGAGGCAGGAAAGAGAAGCAGCAAGGGAGAGAGAGAGAGAGGAGAGAGAGAGAGAAAUUGCAAAUAUGCAGAGACGUCUAGAGGAAGAACGUGAAAGAGAACUGGAAGAGGAAAGAGAAAGGCUGAGAAGGCAAAGACAGCAGCAGGAUGAUGACCCGUGUACAAUUCUCUGA